AAAGUGGUGUUAAAAUGUAUUAAUGCUACAGUGUGGCAACAGCUGGAAACACUUGUACUUCCACGGAUAAACUCAACCACUCGACUAUAGUCUCUCCUUGCAGCAUAUACCUUUACCCAGUAAUGAGGAACUAUAAAUGAAAUAAAGUUCAAUUAUUCUUUGAAGUUACAGCCAGUUCACACUUAGCUAGUCUAAGGUUUCCCAUUGCUUUGAUCUUACCACUUCAUAUGCAUUUGUUGUUGUUAACUGCCCUCGAAUCAGCUGCAGUUCACGUUCGUGCCUCCUAUCUUCACUCCUCCUUUUUCUGUGUCUAAUACUACUCUGUGUGUGACAUACAUAUUCUGCGUACAGAUUUAAAAGGUUGCUAAAGCUGAAGAAGAUGUUCAUCUCUAUAUUUAAAUCAGCUCCCAAGUUUUAUGCUCGAGCCCCAGGGAGAGUCAACCUAAUAGGAGAACAUAUAGAUUACUGUGGAUAUGCUGUACUCCCAAUGGCCGUAGAACAAGAUAUACUUAUUGCAGCUGAACCUGUAACCACUCCUGUUAUCCAUUUGGCCAAUACAAAUCCGUUGUAUGCAGAUUUUAGUACAAAUGCUAAUGACAUUCAGAUUAAUCAAACAAAACCAUUGUGGCACAACUAUUUCUUAUGUGGAUUCAAAGGAAUCAAGGAUCAUUUCAGUCUUGACAAGCCAAGUGGACUGAACUGUCUUAUAGAAGGCACCAUCCCUCCAAGUUCUGGCCUCUCCAGUUCCAGUGCUUUGGUCUGCUGUGCAGGGCUUGUGACUCUUAUGGCAAAUGGAAAGACUCUUCCAAAGGUGGAAUUGGCUGAACUUUGCAGCAAGAGUGAACGCUAUAUUGGCACACAAGGAGGAGGCAUGGACCAAUCCAUCUGCUUUCUUGCAGAGAAAGGAACUGCCAAGCUGAUAGAGUUCAAUCCUCUGAGGGCAACUGAUGUAAAGCUUCCAGGGGGAGCAGCUUUUGUUAUUGCGAACAGUUGUGUUGAAAUGAACAAAGCAGCAACUUCUCAUUUCAAUAUUAGGGUGAUGGAGUGUCAUCUGGCCACAAAGCUUUUAGCAAAAUCCAGGAGGCUAGACUGGAAAACGACAGAAAAGCUCCAGGAUGUACAGAUCAAGCUCAAACUAAGCUUAGAGGAAAUGCUUGAUGUGGUCGAUGAGGUGUUUCAUCCUGAGCCUUACAGCAUAGAGGAAAUUGGAGAAAACCUAGGAAUUAGCCUGAAAGAGCUUCGCACUGAGAUCCUCAGCCAGAACACACAAGUUGUGACGACCUUUAAGUUAUACCAGCGUGCUAAGCAUGUGUACAGUGAAGCUGCCAGAGUACUGAAGUUCAAGGAAAUAUGUGUGGAGGCACCUGAUAAUGCAGUCCGGUUGUUGGGAGACUUAAUGAAUGAAAGCCACGCCAGCUGCAGAGACUUAUACGAGUGCAGCUGUCCUGAACUGGAUCAGCUGGUGGACAUCUGUCUGCAAUCGGGAGCAGUUGGAUCACGCCUCACCGGGGCAGGAUGGGGUGGCUGCACCGUAUCAAUGGUUCCUAUAGAGAAACUGGAGCGAUUCCUAGCAAAUGUGAAAGAGGCUUUCUAUGCCAAGAAUGACCAAGGAUUAGCAGUGGAAGAAAGCAGCUUGUUUGCUACCAACCCUGGUGAUGGAGCUAGGAUUUUUCUUGAGGCCUAAAGGUUGCCAGCUAUUAAGAAUAAUUUGGGGCCAACUUGAUGUCAUAGGAAGGCUCCUAUGACACUUUAUUGUUUUUUUAAAAAUAUAUAAUGAAUUAUUAUUAGUAGUAUAUUAGGGCCACCAUAAGUUGGAAAUGACUUGAAGGCACACAACAACAACA